AUGGUGUUGCGGUCCGCACUCCUCGCGCUCGCCGUCGCGCUAGUCGCACUCUUCACACCAGUCCAUGCUGUCAAGUUUGACUUGAUCGCAGGCGGCGGUGGCGAGCACCGUGACAUCUGGAACUUUGCCCCAGCAGACACCCUGGUAGUGAUUACCGCCAACGUUGUGCCCUCGACCGGGAUGCGCGUCGACCUGAACGUCGUGGACGGGUCCGAGCAUGGGCGGAUCUACCAGUCGAAGAAGGAUCUGAACGGCGAGUACCGCGCGGCCCUCACGACGCACGGCGACGCCGACCUCGGCGUGUGCUUCACCAACCUGAUCAUCGGCGACACGCAGGGCAAGAACUCGCGCACCGUCGACCUCGACAUUGACAUUGGCGCCGAGGCUGCCGAUUACAACGCUAUUGCUAACCAGGAAUCGCUGUCUUUGAUGGAGGUCGAGAUGCGCAAGCUCGAGGCGGUUGUGCGCGAGAUUGUCGACGAGCUGGGGUACCUCCAGCGCCGCGAGAUGAAGAUGCGUGACACCAACGAGAGCACAAACGACCGCGUCAAGUGGUUCUCCAUUGUUAUCACCAUUGGCAUUGUCGCGCUCGGCGGAUGGCAGCUCAUCCACCUCCGGUCGUUCUUCAAGCGCAAGUAUCUCAUUGACUAG